AUGGUGUGCCCCAGCUCGGAGCUCCGCGCUCAGAGCCAGGAGCGGAGCGGCGCGGAGCAGCGGAGCGCGGAGGAACCGGCGCUGCUGUGGCUGGCGGAGCUCACCGGUGCUCACAUCGGGCUGCCCCCGCUGCCGCAGGACCCCGAGGAUCGCUGCAGCAUCUGGGAGAACCUGGUCAGCCUGGUGGAUUUCCAAUGCCCGGGAUUUCCCCUGAGCGCCGAGGAGCUCUGCGACUUCAUCCACGUUCCGCGCUCCUCCUCAUCCUCCUCCUCCUCUCGGAGCUGCUCCGCGGCCGCGCUCCGAGUCGGAGCUCAGCCCCCUCCCCUCCCCGGGGACAUCGAUUACCGCAACAACGCCAACCUAAAGCCGCCCUACUCGUACGCCACCCUGAUCUGCAUGGCCAUGGAGGCCAGCGGCAAAGCCAAAAUCACCCUGGCSACCAUCUGCAAAUGGAUCAGCGACAAUUUCGGCUACUUCCGCAGGGCCGACCCCACCUGGCAGAGCUCCAUCCGCCACAACCUCUGCAUCAACAAAUGCUUCGUCAAAGUCCCCCGCCAGAAAGGCGAACCGGGCCGGGGCGCUUUCUGGAAACUCCACCCGCGCUACUCCGAGCUGCUCAAAACCACCCCGCUCCAAACGCGCCGAGCUCCGGCGGAGCUCCCCCAAAAAWCCCCUCCGUCCCCCAAAAACGAACCGCGGAGCCCCGGCCGCAAAAUCCAGCUGAGCACGGAGCUGGAGCGGCUGCUGCAGGAAUUCGAGGAGUUCGGGAAGAGCCACAAGAGGAGCCGGGAGGAUGAGGAGGAUGAGGAGGAUGAGGAGGAUGAGGAGCGGCAGCGGCUCCGCGCGAAGCAGCUCCGAGGUUGCGGCUCCGCGGGCGCGGGGGAAGCUCCGAGCGAGCUGACGGAGCUCAAAGGUGACACGGACUGGGAAGCGCUGCUGAGCUGCCUCCCGGACGAGACGCUGAUGGCCACGGCGUUCCUGGAGGCGGGAUGGAGCGAGGAGAGCCGGGAGAGCGGCCCGGGAUGCGGGGACAUCGAGAGAGGGGACGGUGACAUCGCCGGAGCGGGACAUGGGACAUGGGGACAUGGGGACAUCGAGAGAGGGGACGGUGACAUCGCCGGAGCGGGACAUGGGACAUGGGGACACGGGGACAUCGAGAGAGGGGACGGUGACAUCACCGGAACGGGCGGUGCCGUGGGGUGGGACACGGGGACACCGCUCAGGUGA